AUGAAUAGAAUACUAAGAAGAUCAUUACAUAGUAGUAGAGCAGUGUCUCAGAAGUUAACAUCCACUUCACAAUCAGAAAUGAAUCAUUUCAAUUCAUUAGCUUCUUCUUGGUGGGAUAUAAACGGUCCGCAAAGAAUACUCCACAAGAUGAAUUUAUUAAGAAUGGAUUUUAUUCAAGAUACAGUACGAAACAACCUAAAGUUAAAUACAACUAAAGAUGAAGAGAUAUAUGUGCCUGGUUAUAGUUUAGACAUAUUACCAGUUGGAAUAAAAGAAAGAAUAGUUCAAGAUCAAGAAUUUAAAAAAGAUCAAUUAUUAAGUGAAACUAAGUUCAACGUCCUUGAUGUUGGUUGUGGUGGUGGUAUUUUAUCAGAAACUAUAUCUCGAUUACCAUUUGUAAAUAAAGUAACUGGAAUUGAUUUAUCUGUUGAUGUUUUGGAGGCAGCUAAAUUACAUAUGGAAAAAGAUCCAAUUUUAGCUGAAAAAUUACAAUAUAAACUAUCUGCAAUAGAAGACUUACCUAAAACUGAUAAGUUUGAUAUAAUUACCAUGUUUGAAGUUUUGGAACACGUAGAUUAUCCAUCUAAGGUGUUAUUGGAAGGGUUGAAAAGAUUGGAAAAUGGUGGUUGGUUAUUUUUAAGUACUAUUAAUAGAGAUUUAAUUUCUUGGUUUACUACUAUAUUCAUGGGUGAACAUAUUUUAAAAAUUGUCCCAAUUGGAACUCAUACUUUAGAAAAGUACAUAAAUCAAAUUGAAAUUAAAAAUUGGUUAGAAAAAGAACCAGAAAGAAAGAGUAAUUAUAAGGUUGUUGAUACUAAAGGUUGUAUUUAUAUACCUGCUUACGGUUGGAAAUUUACAAAUUGUCCAGAUAUAGGGAACUAUUUCAUGGCUAUACGAAAAAUGUAA